GAACGUACCGCAACAGUAGAAGCGCUGUACAAGCGCUAGGUCGCUUAUUUUCUUUGGGAUUUUGUUUAUUGCGGCUUGAAAUUUUAAAAUGUGCAGUUGACCGAAGAGACACGUCAUGUUCCCUAACAGGCUGAGCAGCCGGUUAACUCUGACGGCCCUGAGAUGGACCGCUGUGAGUCGGACCUGUCCCCCGUCCUGUCUCUCCACCCUGUCCAACUGCUUCCUGCAAAACCAAACAGCGAGGAGUAAAGACGGCUUCCUUUCAGAGUCUGCUGUGUUGAGACGAGUUUUGUGCAGCCAGUGUCGGUUUAAGUUGAGACCCAGAGAAACGCAGCGCAGGUCGUUCAGUCUCUCUGGUGCUAAUGUGGUGAACUCAGCUCCUGCUCAUGUCCAGCCUUACCUGAGGCUGAUGAGGCUGGACAAACCCAUCGGAACAUGGCUGCUCUACCUUCCUUGUACAUGGAGCAUCGCCUUGGCAGCGGAGCCUGGAUGCCUCCCGGAUGUCGGGAUGCUUGCCCUGUUUGGUACCGGCGCCCUGCUGAUGAGGGGGGCAGGCUGCACCAUCAACGACAUGUGGGAUAAAGACUUUGACAAACAAGUGGCCAGGACAGCCUGCAGACCGAUCGCAUCGGGGGAGAUUUCACGGAUGCAGGCGCUGGUUUUCCUCGGAGGGCAGCUCUCCCUCGCUCUCUGUGUUCUUCUGUGUCUCAACUACUACAGCAUAGCUCUUGGUGCCUCUUCUCUCUCUCUUGUAAUCACUUACCCACUGAUGAAGAGGAUCACUUACUGGCCACAGCUCGUAUUGGGGCUCACUUUUAACUGGGGCGCUCUGCUUGGCUGGGCCGCCGUGAAGGGCUCCUGUGAUUGGUCCGUAUGCCUUCCCCUGUAUUUCUCUGGAGUGAUGUGGACGUUGGUAUAUGACACAAUCUAUGCUCAUCAGGAUAAAGAGGACGACGUUAAAGUGGGAGUAAAAUCCACAGCGCUGAUGUUCCAGGAGCGAACCAAACUUUGGCUGAGCGGCUUCACGGCGGCCAUGUUGUCUGGGCUGGUCGUGGCCGGAGUCAAUGCCGAGCAAACGCUUCCUUACUAUGCCGCGCUGAGCGCUGUGGCCGUUCACCUCGCACGCCAGAUUUACACAGUGGACAUCAACAAAGCAGAAGAUUGCUGGAAACAGUUUAGUUCAAACAGAAACCUGGGACUUGUGUUGUUUUUAGGAAUAGUUGCUGGUAAUUUGCUGAAAGAAUCUAAAGAGAUAUGACUGUAAAAUAAUGGAAACCGUUGGAUUGCACUUAAUGUACUUUAAAUACUAAAAUGUAUUUAGGGAUUUAUUUUAUGAUCAAAAAUGUUGUGCAAUUAUUUUUAUACUGUACCAUCAAGGAUGCGAAAUGACAAAUCGCUAGGACAUAUUACUUUCGUUUUUGGCUCAAGACAAAAUAUGUGGGCUAACAGAUCACUUUGUGCUUUCAUGUUUUUUAUGUUGUAAAUUUAGCAAAAAUAAAGUUAAUCUGAAUGUUGUAAGAUAAAUAAACAUCCAAACAAUUGUGAUUUAAGUAUCUAAAACUAGAUUUUUCCAAACAAAUUAAGUUGAAACCAAAAAUUUAAAUACGCUGACUAAAACAUUUUUUCCUCACUGUCUGAAGUUAAAGCAGACCAAAUAAAUUUUUGUUUUAGGUCAGUUGGAAAAUUAUCUCUAUUUGCUACAUAUAUCAUAAUAAUAAAAGAGUAUGUGAAAGAUUUAUUCAUGACAGUCUUUAAAAUCAGAAGUUUAAAUACAGAGUGAUUAUUAAACAAUGAAGGAAAGUCAUUUCCUGGCUUUGGAAACUUCUGAUUAACAUUUGAAUUAAUUGGAGUCACACCUUAAACACAUUGCUUUCUUUUUUGACGAGAAGGUCAAAAAUAAGUCUUGGGGAACAAUUUCCAGAUAAUUGAAGGUGCAGUUUUUAUCUGUUUAAACAAUUAUUUUCCAAGUAUAGACUUAAUGGAAAUAUCCAAUCUUACUGAAAUACUUUUGGUGAUUCUAACUGACCCAAACCUAGAAAGGUUUGGUCCAAUUUAACUUCAGGUAGUGAAGGAAAAAAAUUUGUUUUUUCCUUUUUUUAAAAAAAAUGUAUGUAAACUUCUUUUUUCAACUGUGGUUUGAUUAUAAUUCAUCUUUAUCUGAUUCUGCAACAAAAAAUGUAAAUGUUAAAGAUGGUAUUCUUGACGUUGGUUAAUGCUCUAAAUUUUUAAAAUUGUCUUCAGAUGUUACAUGGAGGUUGUAAUUUCAUCCUCCUUUUUCCUCCAAGCAUGGCCAUCGUGUGCAGAUCAGGUGUGAGCUACAAGAUAAGAGUGAGUGUCACAAAGACUUAAAGCCUCAGUAAAAUAAAUAAAAUGCGCAAUAAUUAAAAUCUACUCAUAUUUCAUAACAGAGCUACUUAACCUCAUGGGCGAGAAUGUCAUACCAAUUUAAUUUUUCUUUAAAGAUUUCAAGUCAUUGUAAUGUUGAAAUACCCAAUACCCAUUGAAGUUGUUUUAAAGGCUAAAAUUAAUAUCCUUUUUAUGCUAAACCAGCUUAAUUUAUAACCAUUUCAAAAACAACGGCCCAAAGUGCUGAAUAUUAAAACUCAAACGCAAGAGGAAGACAUAGAAUGUCCGGUACUGAUUAAUGUUUGGGAAUGAUCAACUAGUUCCAUUAGGGGACAAAUAUUUAAAACAUUACUCAGCUCAGAAAGAGAAUGGUUCAGAGUGUUCCUCAAGUGAAAACAUGUUUUGCCUCUGACCCAAUUUCAUCAGACCUGAGUCACGUCAAGCAAUUAUAAGUCAAUAACAGCCAACGGAAAAUUACCACAUUCAUCUUAAACAUCUUAAGCGACCAUUUCUGUUUUUACACCACUGGGUGCAAUUCUCAACAAUGGUAGUUAAAACUUUGUGUUUGUUUGUUGGUUAGUAUUUUAAAAAAUACAGAUCCCAUUCACAUCUACGUCUACAUUUUGUUUUUAAUUGCUUCCCUGCACCUCGAACACACCUUUUGUUCUUGGAAGUUUGCCGAGUUCCUCAAAGCCUCCUGUUCACACAGAACAGUCAAACCAGGUCAGACCUGGAGGAGCUUCUGCACUUUCCAAACAAAUUCUCAGCUGAAAUAAGAUGAUUAAAAUAGAAGACACAACAAAUAUUGAGGAAAAUAAUCAUGUCAGGAAAAUCUUAGUAGAGUUUUAAUUUGCUUAUUU